GUUGGAGCGUGGUCGUCUUCUCUCUUAAAUCAGAAUCAAGCUUUGCUUCGAAGUGUCUCUCAUAAUUCAGCAUCACAAUUAAUUCAGAAUGAGUGGGUCAUCAAGAGGAGGAACAGACGAUAUUGGAGAAAGUGGAACACAGAGUAAUAAUAAUAUAGAGGAACAAGUGUUUUCCUCUUUGAAUGAUAAUUAUUACUCAUUAGUACGAGAGAGAAAGAAAUCACUACGAGCUCGCUAUUAUUUUGGCCUCAUAUUCUUCGUCGCCAAUCUUCUUGCUUGGUUUAUUCGUGACUAUGCCCAAUCCCUUUUAUCUAAUUCGCUUCAAUAUCUGAAAGCAUGUGGGGUUGGAGGACAAGAUUGUUUUCAUACCUUUGGAGUUCUUCGCGUGAGUUUAGGAUGUUAUAUAUUUUUCUCAGUAAUGUUUGUGAGUACACUGGAAACAAGAAAAUUACAAGAAGGUCGGAAUUCAUGGCAUUGUGGAUGUUGGGGAUUCAAAUCUUUUUUAUUACUUCUAUCAAUUACUCUCCCAUUCUUUCUCCCUUCCCAAAUUGUUCGAAUAUAUGGUGAAAUUGCUCGUAUCGGUGCAGGAAUUUUUCUUCUCUUACAACUUGUUAGUGUUAUCCAUUUCAUCAUAUGGUGGAACAAGUUAUGGACUCCAGAAGAUGAAAGGAAAAAGAGCUGUUCCCUUGGACUUUUUAUCUCAACGAUAUUUCAUGGCGCUUCCUUUUGUGGAGUUGUGUGGAUGUACACGUCAUAUGCCUCAAGAUCUUCAUGUUUCCUCAACAUCUUUUUCAUCACUUGGACUGCUAUUCUGCUUGCUGUCAUCAUCGCUGUGUCUUUACAUUCUAAGGUUGACAAAGGUCUUUUAUCCUCAGGAAUUAUAGCUUCUUACAUUGUUUUUCUCUGUUGGACUGCUAUAAAAAGUGAACCCAUUAUUAUAAGAUGCAGCCCGGUCAACUCAGAGAAGGAAAAUCGUGAUUGGAUAACAAUAAUUGCCUUUCUGAUUGCCAUCUUUGCCAUUGUGUUUGCCACGUUUUCCACAGGAAUUGAUUACAAAUGCUUCCAGUUUGGAAAAGAUGAAGUGGAAGAGGAAGAUGAUGUUCCAUAUAUGUAUGGAUUUUUUCACCUGGUUUUCUCAUUAGGAGCAAUGCAUUUCGCCAUGUUAUUCAUCAGUUGGGAUCUCAAUAAUUCACCCGCCAAGUGGAGCAUUGACGUAGGGUGGGUUAGCACUUGGGUCAAAGUUAUCAACGAGUGGUUUGCAGCCUCUUUUUACUUGUGGAUGCUGAUCUCUCCUGUGGUGCGACAAAACAAGGUGACCGGCAACAAUGAACCUGUACAAGAGACAACUGACUCUUCUCUAGCUUGAGUUUUUUUUUUGGGUAAAAUAAUAGCAUAUUUUAUUUUAUUAUGUAUAAGAAACUUUAUUUUCCCCCAUUUUAAAGCUAUGGCGCAAUUGUGUAGCCAUUAGUGUUAUGAAAAAGACCUUGCUGGGUUACUAGCUAUGACCAACCUUUUAUAUAUAUAUAUAUAUAUAGUGUAAAAUAAUUAAAUAACACCA